AUGUCGGUCCGCACCGCGACCUUCAACCCGUCAUCGCUCGCGAAGGCGACGCCGCCACAUCUUCGCAAGAAGGGGGCAGAUGGUUCGACGAACAUCGGUGCUCCUCACCCGGUGCCUUUGUUCUCGUUCGACGACUACCGUGAGGAGACGGCUUCCUUCCAAGAGACGCCAGGAAGCAACAGCACUGGCGUCCAACUCCCGCCCUCAUCUCCACCUUCAACCGCCGAGUUCGUCGACAUGGACGAUGGAUUCGAGCCCAAGUUCGAAGCACCACCGGGCGGCUUCGCAGCCGCCUCCAAGAGCGUUUCGGUCCCAUUAGCGGCCUCGAUUCACGCACCUCCGUCAAUCAAGAUGGAACAAGACGUUGAGAUUCCUGCGCCAACUGCCGCGCGCUCCUUUGCCCAGUACGCCGCUCCUCUCAAGCCCAGCCAAGGUAACGAUGCAGCUCCCAUCAAGCAGUAUGAGCCGGAGGACCUGAUCCACAUUGGUAAGCAGUGCAGCAACCGUCUGCCGCCGGCAAGUGCCGUUCAGGCCAUGUUUCUCUACGAGAUGCAGCGCCAGAGUGAGUCGGAGCGUCUCUUCCACGCUCACAUGUUUCGUCUGGCUCGGUCGGAGGAGGACAUUGUUGCUCAGGCCGGUCGAUUCAACGCCAUCGAAGCUCGCAUCGCCAAAUUGGAUCAACAAGUGGCCAAUAGCAACAACGAGCUCCGCAUCACGGCCAGUGAAGGUCGUUUGGUGCAGCAGCAGCAGAAGAUCGCCGAGUGUCUUGACCGACUCGCCAAUGUGGAAGGCAAAUCGGCAACGAUGACUGGUCAACUCGACACUUUGAAGCAAGACCAGGUCGAAGCAGCAGCUGCCACUGCAAACGCGAUCAAAGAGGCUACUCAGACCGCCGCCACUGCUACGAGUGCCAAUGGUGCUCAGCAAGGCAAUGGCCCCUCGACCGAAGCCUUCGAUAUCAUGAAGCAGGAGAUCGACGUCCUCUUUAAGGACCGGGACGGAAUCAUCACUAAGCUUGCUGAUGUCAACUCCCGCAUCGACAGCUUGAUGAGUGCCGUCCAACAGCUCGCCGCCGGCUCGAACACAUCCAUCACACCUCAACUCACCGCCGCAUCUCCUGUCACCCAGCGCCUGCCCGCUCGCACCAACCACGGAGAUCUCGUGGACCUGAGCGUUCCAAAGGGUAAGCCAGCUGUCGGCCUGAAUGGUAGCGUCCGUGCUGACGUUAAGAGCUUCGUCCCAGGCAAGCCAUGGUCCGGCUAG